AUGAUAUCUAAAGUGGGCGCGUGGCCGCCAUUGGCCGCCGUCCCAACUUAUGCUAGUAAGCCGCUACGGCGGCCGACCCAGACGGCCUCUCUGCCGUCGCAGAUGCGCGAAUUCCCCGCACUCUCAGCGGACAAUGGAGCCCUAAAUGUUAAAGUGUUUACUAUGGAACUGAAGGCUCUUAUAACCGUCUAUUAUUUUUAUAAAAUAAUAUUAUAUAUAGAAGCAGCUAAAAUACUAGCCGUAUUCCCAACACCUUCGAUCAGCCACCAGGUGGUGCUCCGUCCCCUGAUGCGUGAACUAGCGGCGCGCGGCCAUGAAGUGGUUGUUAUCACUUCAUACCCCGCGUAUCCCGCAGGAGGGGGUCCGGCGAAUUUAACUGAAAUUAAUCUUAGACAGUCUAAAAUAAACAAAAAAAAUCUUUCCGAUAUGUUAAAUGAAUAUGACGAUAUCAGAACGAGCUAUGCAAGAGCCAUAUUUUAUUGUUUAACAUUAUUUCAUAGAGAACUGAAUACAGUUGUCAUGGAAAACUUUAUUCAAGAUAGAAAUACCGAGUUUGAUUUGCUCAUCAUUGAAGCAUGGUUGCCAUCUUUUUUAGCGUUUUCUCACAGAUUCAACGUACCUGUCAUAAGGUUUAGUUCCUUGGGAUCCUUUUUUUCCGAAUACCAUGUUAUGGGUGGUUUCGGGCAUCCUCUAUUGUACCCAUCGCAUUUGUGUUCCCGAUGUCCUAACAUAGAAAAUCUUACACUCGUUGAGAAGAUUUACGAGAUAUAUAAUUACAUUUAUACCAGUGAUUUGUAUGAUUUUUUUGAAAAAACAGAAAAUGAUAAAUUGAGAGCAAUUUUUGGGUCCGACAUGCCAUCUCUGAGUGAGCUGAGCAAUAAUGUACAUUUGCACAUGAGCAAUAUACAUCGUCCAUGGGAACUGAACCGUCCGGUGCCGUCAAGUAUCGUUCAAGUUGGCGGAAUACAUCUCGAGUCUGAAUGCACGCUGCCAGAGGUAAUUUUUUUUAUUUUCCACUGCUAAACUGUCUUUCAUCUUCUUCCACAUAUGGGGAGGUAGGGGGAGAGUUGUAUUUGUUUUUAUAUUUUUUUUAGGAAAAUAGUGGUAACCAAGUUUAAAAUGUCAGAAAUGAAGAAUAUUAAAAUGAAAAAUUAUAUAUGAAAAAUAUAUUGUUUGUAAAUACACUAUGAAUAUACUUAAAUAAAUUACCAAUUUUGUGCUGCAGCAUUACAAUUAACUACAAACAAAAAAUAUAUAAAUAAUGUUGUACUUUUAAGUUUUUUUUUUUUUUUAUAUUAAAUGAGUGAAAAUGAAAUCACACCUUCGCCUGUGUUAUUGGUAUAGGUACACUGGCGGGGCACCAGUGAAGGAUGGUAGGUGAGGAUGAAAGCAGGUCAUUUCACUUAUCGUGAUGAAUUCAAGAAGAGUUAUUUAUGACUUUUUUUACUACUGUUUACUACUAUUUUAGUUUACUAUUGUAAUCUUUUAGAACAAACAAUAAAGAGUGUUUAUCUGUCUAUCUUUGAUGGUUUCCGGAGGUAACCGCGUGAUAGUCGAUCUGACAGGGUAUAUUGCCAGCAAUAUAGCUGUAAUACCUACCACAUUAUUAACAA